CAAUGCGGUGCCUCCGUCUGGGUCCAGGCGCUUUGACGGGAGCGCAUGCGCAGUGGGUGAUCGAUGUGAUUUAUUGAUUUGCAGCAAGAAAGGGAAGAAAAGAAAGGAUUGGAAAGGAUCAGUGUGUCCAGAUUGCAGACUUGGAUCCUCCCACAGCGCUCCUCCAGUGAAGCCCUGCCUUUGUGCAAGUAAAAGGCGAAAGAUUGGUGCAAUCUGAAGAAAAAACAGAGUAUUUGUGUCUUUGUGCAAGUGACAUCCCGUUAUUAAUGCGGGGUUGGGUCGGAGCGGAGUAAGGAGUCAACCCCGGGAUUUUCCCGAAGCGUGGUAACUUACCCCGGAUCUAACUAUGGAGCUGGACCCAUUCCCUUUGCCUCCCCUGCCUUGGUUCCAGGCGGACCCUGGGGAGGACUUGGACUUGGGGCGCUUCCUCUGCAAAGAGGAGGAAGAGGAAGAAGAAGGAGUUUGCCCUCUGUCCAACCUGAGCGCCUUCAUCCUGCGCGACUGCAUGUGGAGCGCCGCCAAGGGGGUCUCGGCCCCCAUCCACAGCCACAGCAGCGCACCGGAGCCCGGAUUGGGGGGGCUUUGCGUGGCCCCCGGAGCCGUCCUGGCCCCCAUUGCCGCCUCCUCCUCCGGGUCCGAGGGCCCCAGCGAUUCCGAAGGGGAGGAGGUUGACGUGGUGACGGUGGAGAAGCGCCAGUCACUGGCUGCCAGGAAGCCAGUCACCAUCACCGUCCGGGCCGACCCUUGGGACCCCUGCAUGAAGCACUUCCACAUCUCCAUCCACCAGCAGCAGCACAACUACGCUGCCCGCUCUCCACCGGACGUUUCCUUGGCGAAAACUGCCCCGGAGGAAGAAGAAGAGGAGGAAGAAGAGGAGGAGAAUGAUGAUGCUUCUCCUGGGGACGACAUGGGCCAAGUGGCAGAGAGUUCCCCUUCUGAACUGUUCCUCCCCGGUUCGGAUGGGGAGGACAUCUCCAAGCGGCGCAACCAUAACGACUUGGAGCGCAAGCGGCGGAAUGACCUGCGUUCCCGCUUCCUGGCCUUGCGGGACACGGUGCCUGGCCUGGCGUCCUGCCCCAAGACCCCUAAAGUGGUGGUCCUCAGCAAGGCCGCCGAGUUCCUGCAGUCCCUGCUGGAGGCAGAGCGGGAGAUGAUGGCCGAGAAGAAGCGCCUCAAGCGGCACCAGGUUCAGCUCCUGAAGCGCAUCUCCCAGCUCAAGGGGCUCCGCUGAGAGCAGUCCCCUUCUCCACCCACAUCUAGCACUUUGUUUUACAUUCGUUCGCAGGACUUUUUUUAACGGACUCCGUAUUCCCCAAAUGCACUGGCACAUUCCGUGUGGCUUGUCCCCAUUCUUCUCUUCUUUGGGUGCAUCUAGACUGUGGAAUGAAUGCAGUUUUGACGCCACUCAAACUGAUCGUGGCUCAAUGCGAUGCAAUCCUGGGAGUUGUAGUUUAGCAUUUUGGGGCAGAGAAAGGUAAAGACUUUGCAAAACCAAUGCAGUUUGAUGCCAUUUGAACUCCCAUGGUUCAAUGCUUUGGAGUCCUGAGAGUUGUAGUUUAGCAUUUUGGAGCAGAGAAAGGUAAAGACUUUGCAAAACCAAUGCAGUUGACAUCACUUGAACUGCCAUAGCUCAGUGCAAUGCAAUCCUGGGAGUUGUAGUUUUGCAAGAUCGUAGCCUUCUUUGCCAAACACCACAGGUCUCUGGCCAAACUACAAUUCCCAGGAUUCUAUAGCAUUGAGCAAUGACAGGGAAAAGUAAUCUCAAACUGCAUUAUUUCCACAGUGUAGAUGCAUCCUGUUCCUUCACUGGAAAUGCACUGAGUUCACCUUUGGAUUUGCUUUUUACCUCAUUCUUUUAUUUUGUCCGCUGAAAAGUUUCUUAUCUUGGGUUUUUGUAUCCUUUGGAAUGCAUUGUUAUGACUGUCGGGCUGUCUUUUUUAAAAUAUAUAUAUAUCUACAGAUACUGUAUUUUUAUACCUUUUGUGUUUUAGACAUUGUUUUGUAAAAAGAAAGAAAGAAAUCCAAACAAA